UCUGUUUAAAACUGAUUUUAAUAAGAAGAUGAAAGUAUGGGUGAUUUUUUUCAAUUUCAUAUAUUUUUUCCAACAUGUUAGAGCCAAUGUGAUUAGUGAUGGAUUUAUUAAAACAAAAGGGGUGCAUUUUAUGCUAAACGAUAGUCAAUUUUAUGCAAAUGGAUUCAAUGCUUAUUGGCUAAUGUAUAUUGGCUCUGAUCCAUCACAAAGACACAAAGUUUCUUCUGUUCUUCAAGAUGCUACAAGCCAUGGCCUCACUAUUGGUAGAACUUGGGCUUUUAGUGAUGCUGGAUAUUCACCUCUUCAGUACUCUCCUGGAUCCUACAAUGAAAUUAUGUUUCAGGGUUUGGAUUUUGCAAUUUAUGAAGCUGGAAAAAAUAAGAUUAAGUUAAUCUUGAGCUUGGUUAACAAUUAUAAUGACUUUGGAGGAAAGAAACAAUAUGUGGAUUGGGCAAAAACACAGGGUCAAUCCUUAUCAUCUGAGGAUGAUUUCUUCACAAAUUCUGUUGUGAAGGGCUACUUCAAAAACCAUAUUAAGGCAAUUCUAACAAGAAAGAAUAGCAUAAGUGGAAUUGCAUACAAGGAUGAUCCCACCAUAAUGGCUUGGGAGCUUAUGAAUGAGCCCAGAUGUUCUUCUGAUCAAUCAGGAACUACUAUGCAGAGUUGGAUUAGUGAAAUGGCUUCAUAUACUAAAUCCAUAGACAGUAAUCACCUAGUAGAAGCUGGACUAGAAGGAUUUUAUGGACAUUCAGAUACUCAGAAGAAUCCAAACUUUCAAGUUGGGACAGACUUCAUUGCAAAUAAUCAAAUCCCAGAGAUUGAUUUUGCCACUGUUCACUCAUACCCUGAUCAAUGGUUGACUGGUCAAGAUGAUGAAGCCCAACUUAAUUUCCUAACCAAUUGGCUGAGAGUUCACAUUGAAGAUGCACAAUCAAUUCUAAAAAAGCCUCUUAUAUUUGCUGAGUUUGGCAAAACAUACAAAGGCACUGGCUUUACACCACAACAAAGAGACAUAGUCUUCAACACUGUUUAUUCCUCUAUAUUUUUGUCAGCUAGAGGUGGCGGUGCGGCGGCAGGAGGGUUGUUCUGGCAACUUAUGGCUGAAGGAAUGGAUUCAUUCAGAGAUGGAUAUGAGAUAAUUUUCAGUGAAAGUCCUUCUGUUUCUGAUAUAAUAUUCCAGCAGUCCCAAAGGCUUAAUAAGAUUAGGAAAAUGUAUGCAAGGCUGAGGAAUAUAGACAAGUGGAAGAGAGCAAGGGAAAAGAUUAAUCAUGGAAAUUAGAGAUAAUUAAUUUAUCUUAGACAUGGAUGAGAUAAAUUAAGUUAUGAUUAUAGUU